AUGGAAAAUAACAUGAAGUUCAGUUACUGCCAAAGCUUAAGGCUUACAGCUGGCACAUCUAAUGCCAUUGCUUAUAUCAGUAUUUAUAAUGAUGUUAGUAAAAAGGAUCCAGCCACAAUAUGUGACUUUAAUGUAGACAAAAACAAGGUGCCAGGAGAACUCCGAAGCACUGUACAGUUCAUGGAUAUUCUGCUCCUGGUCCACGCAUGCACGGAAACUCGAGGCAUGCUGGGAGUUGUAGUUCUCAACCCCCGGAUGAUGAGGCGCCAUUGCUGUCCACAUCUUCCCACUGCAAUCUUUGAAAAGAUUAAUAAACCAUGCUUAAUUACUGAGUAUGUGGAGAAAUAUGCUGCAUAUAGUGAUGUUCAGCCCAGAGAAUCCUACAAACCCCGGGAGGAUUACCAACGGCACCAAGGCAAGAUGCAAAGCAUGACUACGUUCAGGGCAGAUUAUAUUCCACAUGAUAUUCAGCCUAGGCCAGAAAAGGUUAGCGAAGAAUUCAGACAACCGCAAGGAGCUAUGAAUCUGGAUACCACUUACAAACGAGAUUUUAACCUACACCCUGUCCAACCAGUGGCUCCAGCUCGUCCAUUAGAACAGAGAACUAUCUCGACAGCAAAGAUGGAAACAAUCCCUACAUACAAAGACCAUUACAAACAAUGGGAACUUUCUAAAAGAGAAACAUCUAAACCAGAAUAUACUUUCAAAGUACCAACAAUCAAAUUUGCAAAUACAACCACGUUCCAGGAUGACUAUUCCUUCAAAAUCCCUGCUCCCAAAGAAUCCUUUAAACCUCCAAAUGCAGCCAGGUUAUCAAACAUGCCCUUUGAUGAUAUGACCAACUAUCGGCAGCAUUAUAUACCAUAUACAUACGAGCCCCGGAAAAGGCGUGAACAUGAGCAAUGUAAACCAAAUGAUGAACCUUUUGAUGGUCUUACUACUCACAGGAGAGAUUUCAAGGGGCAGAUAGGAGAGCAUACGGUACCUAUUCGACCUCCAUGCACCAAACUCAACUCCAGUAAGCAGUUUUAUGACCUGACUGAAUUUCGUGACAAAUACCGAACUUGGACUGUGGAUCCACCAGCAGUUCACAAGACUGUGGAGUUUGUGGCUCCUGAAGGUAAAAUGAAUCUGACCACCACUACUCAUACAGCCUAUGUUGAACAUAAGCUUCAACCUCUUGUUCCAGCUCGGCCUUUGCCCCAGAUGAGUGAGCACAGCAUUUCAUUUGAAGGACAGUCCACCAUGAAGGCAGACUACAAAGCUUGGGAGUCCACACGGGAACCUAUGAUCAAGCCACGUCAAGAACUGGAGAAAGCAACUGGUCAAUUUGAUGAUAUGACAACAUUCAGGGCUCAUUAUGUACCUCACCAGGUUAACCUCGUUCACUCCUUCAAACCCCGGAACGCCUACAUUCCUAACACAAUAUCGCUAGAUAAUGGAACCACUUAUCAAUAUAGUUUUACACCAAAAGCAGUUGAGGUGUGUCCUGCCUCAUUCACUGUACCUCCUGGUUAUGAAUAUGUGGAAACUGAUCCCCGAGGUCAUAAACUGUAUCGUCCUGUGUCUGAAAGGGAGAAUGUCAAUCCCAGAUUGUCAAACAGUUCCAUGGAUUUGAUUUCAAAUAACCGCGGCCAUCAAAAAACUACAAAUGAUUUGAAAAUUGGCUUCCCGACUGAUGGAAUAGUUGCAGCUUGAAAAAAGCAAAUCACCACCAACUUAUGAGUUGGAAAUUUUUAAUCUUCUUUUCAGCUUCUUUAACCUGAAUUACAGAUAUAUCUCCUUUUAUUUAGUGGCACUGGUAAAUAAGAGGAAUGUUUAUUUUGAACGUUUUAUUCCUGUAUAAAGCCUCAGCAAGU